CUGUCAUUUUCGCCCUUCUUCUUGUCGGAGAGCUCGAUCCAAAACACAAGGUUUCACAUUUGGAGGAGAAGAUGACAACUCCGCAAGUAAAGACCGGUUUGUUUGUCGGUUUGAACAAGGGACAUGUUGUCACCAGACGCGAGUUGGCUCCUCGUCCCCGUGCUCGCAAAGGAAAAACAAGCAAGAGGACACUUUUCAUCAGAUCUUUGAUCAGGGAAGUUGCUGGUUUUGCUCCCUACGAGAAGAGAAUCACUGAGCUUCUAAAGGUUGGUAAAGACAAGCGUGCUCUUAAGGUGGCUAAGCGAAAGUUGGGUACCCACAAGAGAGCCAAGAGGAAGAGAGAGGAGAUGUCUAGCGUCCUCCGCAAGAUGAGGUCUGGUGGUGGUGGUGUAACCGAGAAGAAGAAAUGAGCUUAGCAAGAGAACCAUUCGUAUUGUGUGUGUUUUGGAUCUUAAGACUUUUGUUUUCUCCAUGACUGGUGACUAUCAUUAUUAUUAUGCGUCGAACUUUUAACCACUUUUUAUCAUUUUUCUUAAUAACC